UUCUUUCGUUUUCUUUUAAACUCUCAUCCCUGUAAUUCGAGCUCGGUUGUAAUUUCUGAUUGAACAUGGAAAAUCCUCAAAAAGAAACCCUGAAAUGUUCUAAUUCGUGUUAAAAUGAAGCCGCGUUGAAAUAUCAGCUGCCGGAAAACGUAAUUUUGAGAAAAUUUCGCUUCAGGAAAUGCAAAUGAUUUUGAAUUGAAUCAAUUUCGAAUCAGAUGAUGAAAAUUAUAGCAUUUCAAAGUCAAUUUCCGAAAACUAACGCUAAAUUCUUUCGAUUUUUUGCGUUCAGGAGCUCGGAGAGUGUCGAAUUUGUCGAAGAUGUCGCGGUUUCCGUUCUUCAACCGGUCGAACACGAUUCAUUCUGAGCACUCGCAGAAACCUUACGUUCCUCAGAGCCAGCAGAGUCUGGACCGGUCCGGUUCGCUGAAUCGGUUCUACGGAUCCGCUGAGUCGGCGAAAACCUCAAUCCGCGGGAAAAUGGUGAGGAAGCUCUGUACCUUGUUCGAGUCCUCCUCGAAGAAGGCUCCAGAAUCGGAGUCCCAAUCGGAAUCAAAAGCGCGUUGGGACUCGUGCACGACGACGACGACGACGACGCCGUUUCGGUUGUCCGGGACGGAGGAGCGAAUCGUGGUGUAUUUAACGAGCCUGCGCGGGGUUCGGCGGACGUUCGAGGACUGCAACGCGGUGCGCAUGAUCCUGAAGGGGUUUAGGGUUUGGGUGGACGAGAGGGACGUGUCGAUGGACAUAGCUUACAGGGAGGAGCUGCAGCGCGCGCUGGGCGAGAGCCAUGUGGCGCUGCCUCAGGUUUUCGUGCGAGGAAAGUAUGUAGGUGGCGCUGAGGUGAUCAAGCACUUGUUCGAGACUGGGGAACUGGCGAAGAUCAUUCUGGAAGGCUUCCCCAAUCUGAAACCCGGCUUCGUGUGUGAGCAUUGUGGGGAUGCGAGGUUUAUGCCGUGCGAAAAUUGCAGUGGCAGUCGGAAGGUGUUUGAUGAGGACGAAGGGUGUUUGAAAAGGUGUUUGGAGUGCAACGAGAAUGGACUCCUAAGGUGCCCUUAUUGCUGUUCUUGAUCAUGGCUUUUUCAAUUCCUCCUUGAACAUGCUUUUGUUCUGUUCAAAUAUUUGAUCUUUUUCUUUUUCUUUAUUCAAAAUGGGAAUGUGGAUUGUGUAUAUUAUUGGAUGCCAUUCAUUCCUUUGAAGGCUGUAAAUAUUUAG